GCCAUAAAAUGGCCCACUCAUGGCCCCUCCCUCCCUCCCCAAUUUCCACACAUAAUAUAUAUAUAUUUUACAAACCAAAUUCACAAAUACCGCCGCCGUCCGCCGUCGACCGUCCUCUUCCAUGGCUCUCCUCCGCACGAAGAGUCGGUUGACGAUUCCGGCACCGCCGCCGUCGCCGAUCCCGACCGGCACCGGAUCGCGCUCGGCGGCCAACGAGACCUUCAAGGAAUUCCUCGAGACGAAGUCGAUUCAACUCCCGCAACUCUCGCUGCCGGAAUCUCGCUUCGUCUCCGGCGCCAAUCCCUUGCCCGCGCUCCUCGAUUACCGAUUGCUCGCGUCUCCCGACGGCGACGCGGUGGCGCGGAUGCUCCGUUCGGCCGGCGAGUUCGGCGCCUUUCGGAUCGUUAAUCACGGAAUUUCCGGGGAGGAAAUUUUGUCGGUGGUGAAGGACGCGAAAUCUAUUCUGGAAGAUUCUUCUUCGGAGAGGAAUGACGGAGCCCGGGCGGCGAUUGUACAGGUCCGCCGUCGGAGACACGGCGGGGCGUCGGAACAUUCGGUUGCGCGGGACGAGGCGUACCGGCACUUUAGCGGAGAGAUGGAGAAGGUAGCCAGGAAAGUAGAGGGAAUUGGAGAGAAAUUGAGUGAGAUUUUAUCAGAAAGCAUGGGGGAGGAAUGGGGCGAAGAUCAGAAGGUGAAGAAGAAGAGAGGAGAAAAAGAGGCAAUUUUGAGCAUUUUCAGAUACAAUAAUAAUCAGCAGAAUCAAUUUGAUGAUGGAGGAGAGAGAGAAAAUGAAGAGAGAGAAAGUGAUGAGAGUGUGAUGAUGAGCCUCCACAUUCCAGCAGAGCACUGCCAAUUCUCUGUCAAUCCUCACACACAGGGCUCUUUCUGCUUUGAUUCUGCUGCUGAUACCAUUGUUGUCACCAUUGGCAAACAGCUCCAGGAAUGGAGCAUGGGAAAAUUAAAAAGUGCAAGAAGUAAGAUGAUAUUUGUACCAAAUGGAAGCCAAAGCCCUUUCUCCAUUGAGCUCAAAAUUUCACACCCAAAAUUACUCCAUAAUCCCCAUUCCAAUAUCAUCUCAAUUUCUGACCAAAUCUUCAUUGCCCUUCUUCUUUUUUCCCUUUACCUUCUUUAUACUUACACAUCUUCAUUAUUUAAGGCCAAAUGAUCCUUUUAAAUGAACCAAGGAAAAAAAAAAAAGAAAAAGGAAUUGCCUCUCUUGUUUUUGCACCAUUUGUGAUUGAUAUUUUUAUGCCAAGGUUUUUGUUUUUGGUAUAGAAUGAUUGGUUUGUAUAGAGAUUGGUGUGACAUUUGGCUUGCAAAAGUUGAAGGGUUAUUAUGGUAUUUGUACU